AUGAUGCAAAGGCAAGGUUAUGAGCCUGUGAGCCCAUCUGAAUCUGAGUCAACGUCCACCGACAUCAGAGGCAGUGCCAAGGGCAAGCUUGCAACCUUGGCUUGCUGUUGCUGUAUCUCGCUGUUCUUGGUUCUGGGCACUGAAGUGGUGGCCUGGACGCGGCAAGCCAGCUGCGAUUGGGACUUGGCCGGUGAUGAGGACUGGAACGGAGUGAUCCCGGCCAAGACCAUGACGCAAAUGCAGCUCGGGAUUAUGACCUCUUGGCUCUGGCAUCAAGUGGAUGUGUAUAAUGAGAAUGCCACCGGAGCUCCUAUGAUCGGGUAUUGGUCCAACGUGGACCUCUUCUUUGGAAUUCUGGAGAAGUACGCUUACGUGCGAGAUGGUCAAACCGCUUUGGAGGGCUGGCAGCCUUGGGGGUUCUACCUGGGCUCCCGAUAUCAUGUUUGGUUAUGCUCCAGCCUUGAGAAGGAGUACUACAUCGAGGAGGACUGGUGGGCUCGGCCAUGGUUCAGCUUCAAUACCCAGAAGAUCUUCAACAUCCGUGAGAUGCCGUCUGGGCAACUGGUGGCUACCAGUCAGCACCGUGUCGCCGACCUUUUGUCCUUCAAUGCUCACUGGGUGGCCACAGUGGAGACGCCCGAUGGUGUACCCAUUGCCACACUGAGACAGGAUUCGCCCUGGAGCAGGUGGAUCUUCAUCAGCUACCAGAAGUGGUGGGUGGACAAUCACAGACCCGAUCUGCUGCCUAGUGAAGUGGUUUGUUCUCACUCAGUCCAUUUGAUCCAGAAGAGGGUGACCAGAUGGACUGAGCGACCGAUGGCUGAUGGAUUCUUGUCAAAGCAUGGAGAUGCAGAUGGAGUUGGCCACUGUUCCCGCAGUGGAGUCCAGCCGCCACCUGGGUAA